AUGGAUAUCCUCAAAGUGCUCUCGAGGGGCAUUAAACCAAACAUCAAAAACAAAACCCAGGCCGCGACAGCCACCGCGCAGCUUCCCUCAGCCGGAGCAGUCCCCCACCCGCAGCUCUUUCACGAUGUCGUCCGCGACGGCAGCCCCAGAGGCAAGAAGAGGAAACGGAGACGCGAUGCGCCCGAUCAUGACGAUACAACGGGCAGAGACGAGGAAGAUGACGUGAGCGAUGUGGAUUACUUUGCACCAAAGAAACCAUCCUCCGAGGCGGCGCACCAAAAUGCCCAAACCGACGACGCCGCUCCAUCCAAGAAACGCAAAAUCAAGCUCCUAGAUGAGGACGGAUGCCGCCAGAUCCUGCGCUCCCAUCGCCUCAAGUUCACUGUUCUUUCAGGCCUGCAGCAGAAUACCAACGCCAAUGAGACGGCGCACCAUGGCGAGGCAGCCGAGCAAGACAAGAAAAAGAGGAGAAAAUCGGCCGAAACCGAGGCGGAGAAGCAGCCGAAAAAGGACGACCAGAAGAAACAAAUUCACCCCCAACCUCUAACCUCGUUUCAAGAUCUGAGACACGUUUACGACGUCGCGCCCCAGCUGGCCGAGAACAUCUCGGCCCAAGGAUUCCGCGUGCCGACCGAGGUGCAAAUGGGCAGUCUGCCCUUGCUGCUGCGGCCAGACACGGCACUGAAAAAUACAGGGAGCACUCUCACUGGAGGGACUGGGGGAGGGGUAGAUUUCCUUGCGGUUGCCCCCACGGGCAGCGGCAAGACAAUCACCUUUCUGAUUCCGGCUAUCGACGGAGUUCUGAAGCGACGGGCAGAGCAAGGGCGGGAAAGCGACGAGCAUGUGCUUGAGGCGGUUAUUGUGGCGCCCACGAGGGAACUGGCAAGCCAGAUUGUGAACGAGGGCAGGAAGUUGGCGAUUGGGACUGGCGUGAGGGUCGUGCUGAUGAGGGGGCGUCUUAGGCUCGCUGCUGAAGAUGUGAAGGGAAGUGAUGAUGCAGAGGGGGGUGAAGAGGAGGAGAAUGGAGGUGAGGAGAGUAGUGACGAGGAAGAGAGCAGUGACGGAGAAGAGCCGGAUGCUGAAGAGAGCAGCAAACCGGGGGGCUUCAAACCGCCGGCCAGGGUAGACAUUCUGGUGACGACGCCCAAGAUCUUGUUGAACUUCUUAUCCGGAGGCAAGUCGGGACCUAGAAAGGUCCUGCCCACCGUCAGGUCCCUCGUCCUCGACGAAGCAGACGUCCUGCUUGACCCAAUUUUCCGCAAACAGACAAUGGGCAUCUGGCGCGCCUGCACACACCCGGACGUCAGCUUGUCAUGCUGGUCCGCUACCAUGGCGUCCAACAUUGAGGCCCUCGUCACCCAGCAGCUCGAGAAGCGCUCCAAGCGCGCAGACAGCGCGCCACGCCGCCCCUUGAUCCGCCUCGUGGUCGGCCUCAAAGACACGGCCGUGCCCAACAUCACGCACAAACUCAUCUACACAGCCACCGAACCAGGCAAGCUGCUCGCCCUGCGGCAGCUUCUGCACCCGGUUUCGUCAGCCGACUCCGGCCCCCCGCUCCGCCCGCCGUUCCUUGUCUUCACGCAGACGAUUGAGCGGGCGCAGGCGCUGCACGACGAGCUCAAGUACGACAUACCGCUUGAGGCGGGCGGGUCAGCGCGCAUCGCCGUGCUGCACUCGUCGCUGCCGGACUCGGCGCGGUCCAGGAUCAUGGCGCGCUUCCGCGCCGGGGAGGUGUGGGUCCUCAUCACGACUGACGUGCUCGCGCGGGGCGUCGACUUUGCCGGCGUCAACGGCGUCGUCAACUACGACGUGCCCACUUCGGCGGCCGCCUACGUCCACCGCGCGGGACGCACGGGCCGCGCCGGCCGCGAGGGCGGCGUCGCCGUCACCUUUUACACAAAGGACGACGUGCCCUUUGUCAAGAGCGUAGCCAACGUCAUUGCCGCCAGCGAGAAGCAGGCGGGGAAGGACCAGGGAGACCAGAGCGCAGCGGUGCAGAAGUGGCUACUCGAUGCGCUGCCCAAGGUGGCCAAGGAGGAUAAGCGCAAGGUCAAAGUCCGGGGCAUCGAGUCGAGGCGAUCCGGGGGUAAGGCGACGAUAACGACCAAGAGCUCGUGGGAGCGGAGGAAGGAGCAUAACAGGCAGCAGGCCAUCGAGGCAAGCAAGCGGCGUAAGAGGCAGCAACGGCAACAGGAGAGGAGCGGCGGAAAGGUUACCGGUGGUGAAGCAGGAGAGGAAACCGAGUGGGGAGGGCUAGACGAUUGA